AGAAUCAUUGUAGCGGAGGCUUAAGUAAAACGCCGGCGUGGCCGCUCUCAGGUUUCUCUCUGGUUCCAGUCGCUUUAAAAUUGUUGUUGCCGGCGGUGAGCUCAUAAAUGUCGAUGUGACGGUUUGACAAAAGCAUCAUUGACAAGUGUCUCUUUUUCCCCCUCUAGAUAAGGGAGAGAUUAGGGACCUUCGAGCUCUCCUUUAGAUGCGCUUGCAUUUCUAGAAUUACUGCAAUCGCGCUGUAGCCUUCCGAUGUGUUUCGCGCGUCAAGUCUAGGUUAUGUCUUGAUUUAGCGCAAGGAGACACGUGUUAAUUGCAUAACUUUCUUAUUAUCGUCGAGGAUAUUAUGUGAGCUGAGACUAUGAGUAACGAGGCUCAAAUUACUAGUAUCUUAAAUGAUAUUUUGAAAGUGGAGGCAAUAGAGGAGGCUUUUAGUUGCGUUCUCGUUCACCAUCCUAAGAAGGAGAGUGAAAAGGUAACAGCAUGGCAUCAAGAGCUGAAGACUGCUGUGACUGGAUUGACGAAGGAGCAGCAGGAAGCGGCGGUUCGUCAAUUCCUGACGAUGGCGGCAGCGAUGACCAACCACAGACGAUUACAGUUAUUACUGUCGCUACUGGAGAAUUUAGUGUAUUCAAAUUAUUUGCCUGCUAGGCUAGUAUGCGAGUGUAUUCUGAGUUGUGACAAAUUGCAAUAUUGUUUGGAAGAUUUUUGGGUUGAGUGCUUCGUUCUCAUUAGACAUAUCAUCGGCGGAGUCGAUUAUAAAGGAGUGAGAGAAAUCAUGAAAGGAUGCAAAGAGAAAGCCCAAACCAUACCAGCCCGAUUAGACGCGUCGGUGCAACCGCAAUUGAAGGCUUUAGAAAACGUUAUUGAAUAUAUCUUCGAUAGAAAUGCGUGCUUAUUGCCGGGUUAUUUUAUCGUCAACGAGAUACAGAAAGCUUAUCCCGACGGCAAAAAUUGGCCUCAUUGGAAACUGGCAAAGUUGCUCUCGAAUUUUGUCGAAAGUUUUCGAAAUACUGCACAAAUGGUGUCUAUAGUGGGACACUCGAAGAUGUUACCAGUGGUUGAACACACAGGAUACGCCGACUACCUGAUUAAUCCUUGGCUAUUGGAUCCUACUACAUUAAAGUUUUCGCUGAAAGGGAAUCUGCCCUAUGAUCCAGAUUUGCUUAAGCCUCAGACGGAAUUACUUAGAUACGUUCUAGAGCAGCCGUACAGCAGAGAUAUGGUCUGUUCGAUGCUCGGUUUGCAGAAACAGCACAAGCAACGAUGCAUCGUCUUGGAAGAGCAACUCGUGGAGCUCGUCAUACUCGCGAUGGAACGAUCUGAGAACGAAUCUCUACCAGCAGAGGGAAUGGAUGGAACGGUGGCCAAUCACUGGGUGUGGUUGCACCUGUCUUCGCAGCUCAUUUAUUUUAUUCUCUUUCAAUUUGCCUGUUUCCCAAGUAUCGUUAUGGCGAUACACGAUAAAUUAGCGGGCAGAGAAUUGAGAAAGGGCAGGGACCAUCUAAUGUGGGUACUUCUGCAGUUUAUCUCCGGUAGUAUCCAGCGGAAUCCACUAUCAAAUUUCUUACCCGUACUGAAACUAUACGAUCUCCUCUAUCCGGAGAAAGAACCUCUGCCUGUCCCGGAUUAUACCCAAGCACUGUGCACUCAUCAGAUGGCGAUAACGUGCAUAUGGAUACAUUUAUUGAAAAAGGCACAGACUGAGCCCUGCACUAAUAUUCAUAGACCCAUACCGCACACGCUCAAGGUCCACCACGAGUUCCUGCAGCAUCUGGUCAUGCCAAACGCGUCUCUCUGUAUGGGGUCGGAUUAUCGCAUUGCGCUCUUGUGUAAUGCGUACUCUACGAAUCAGGAGUAUUUCAGCAGACCGAUGGCAGCUCUGGUAGACACCAUCCUGGGUACACAGAAGAAUCAGCAACAGCAGCCCAUGCAGAACCUGCAGAAUAACGCAGCGUUGGCGAAUGGCCCGACGACGCCGCUUUCAAUGUCCAUCUUGGAUUCCCUGACCGUGCACUCCAAGAUGAGCCUGAUUCACAGUAUUGUAACGCAUGUGAUCAAAUUGGCGCAGUCCAAGAGCAACAUGGCAUUAGCUCCGGCACUAGUCGAAACUUACAGUAGACUACUGGUAUACACGGAAAUCGAGAGCCUCGGCAUAAAAGGCUUCAUCAGCCAAUUGUUACCAACAGUAUUUAAAUCUCACGCCUGGGGGACUCUUUAUACGUUGUUGGAGAUGUUCAGUUACAGGAUGCACCAUAUCCAACCACAUUAUAGAGUACAGCUGCUGUCGCAUCUGCACAGCCUCGCAGCGGUACCACAGACCAACCAGACGCAGCUUCAUUUAUGUGUCGAAAGCACGGCCUUGCGUCUUAUUACCGGCCUGGGUUCUGCGGAGGUACAACCGCAAUUGUCUAGAUUUCUGUCGGAGCCGAAAACCCUCGUGUCUGCGGAAUCGGAAGAACUUAAUCGUGCACUGGUGUUGACGCUAGCGCGAUCCAUGCAUGUUACCGGCACCGGCGCCGACAGUCUCAGCGGCACGUGGUGCAAGGAACUGCUGAACACUAUCAUGCAAAACACGCCGCAUUCUUGGGCGAAUCACACGCUCCAGUGUUUUCCGCCGGUGUUGAGCGAGUUCUUCCAGCAGAACAGCGUGGCGAAGGAGAACAAGCAACAGAUAAAAAAGGCGGUCGAGGAAGAGUACAGGAAUUGGGCGUCCAUGAACAACGAGAACGACAUCAUCGCACAUUUUUCAGUUCCCGGCACCCCGCCAUUGUUCCUGUGCCUCCUGUGGAAGAUGAUACUCGAGACCGACCGCAUCAGCCCUAUCGCGUACAAAAUCCUCGAGAGAAUCGGCGCCCGAGCGCUGUCGGCUCAUCUUAGGAAAUUUUGCGAUUAUCUAGUGUUCGAAUUUGCCAAUAGCGUCGGCGGUCAGCAUGUCAAUAAGUGUGUGGACACUAUUAACGACAUGAUCUGGAAGUACAACAUAGUUACCAUUGACAGGCUUGUACUUUGUCUAGCUUUAAGGACCCAAGAAGGCAAUGAGGCCCAAGUGUGCUUCUUCAUCAUACAAUUGUUGCUACUGAAAGCGGCGGAGUUUAGAAACCGUGUGCAAGAGUUUGUUAAGGAGAACUCGCCGGAGCAUUGGAAACAGUCAAACUGGCACGAGAAGCAUCUUGCCUUCCACAGGAAGUUCCCGGAAAAGUUUGCGCCGGAGGGCAUUAUGGAGCAAACCAGCGGCGGACCCAGCCAGUAUCAAAAUUUGCCCGUGUACUUCGGGAACGUGUGUCUUCGCUUCUUACCGGUUUUCGACAUAGUCGUCCAUCGGUACCUAGAGAUACCGCCUGUUAUCAAGAGUUUGGAAAUACUGCUGGAGCAUUUGGGCUGUUUAUAUAAAUUUCACGAUCGACCUGUCACAUACCUUUACAAUACAUUGCAUUAUUACGAGAAGAAGCUGCGGGAUCGACCGUUGUUAAAGCGUCGACUGGUGUCUGCUGUUUUGGGAUCGUUACGGGAAAUCAGAGCGCCCGGAUGGGCACUUUCCGAGGCUUAUCAGAUGUAUAUGACACGCUUUAAUGAUGAUGCAGUCUCGUGGGUACCAGAAUUGGAUUAUUACAUUCGACUUGUACAAAGGAUCGUAGAAACAAUGUCCGGCACGGCUCACUUUCCUGCCACCGACUGGAGAUUCAACGAAUUCCCAAAUCCAGCGGCGCACGCUUUGUACGUGACUUGCGUCGAACUCAUGGCCCUUCCGGUUGCUCCAGAUGCGGUAGCUAACUUCCUACUAGAUGUUGUUGCCAAAGGGUAUACCGUUGUGCCGUCAGACGAGAUACAUUUGUGGAUAAAUUGCGUUGGUUUGUUGCUGGCAGCGUUACCCGAGUGUUAUUGGUCAGCGUUGCACAAACGUUUGCUGGAGACCAUCAGUAGUCCCGGCCUGGUUAAUUGGCAGUAUAACAACUUGACGCCAUUCCAAAUGUUUAACUUCAACAUUACGCACAACAGCCUGUUAGAAAACAAGUACAGCUACAUGCUUGCACUGGCGCAUUCAGUGUGGCAUCAUGCGGGCGUAGGGCAGAUCACGACGAUGCCUCAGUUCAUCAAGGAGAAACUUCAGCCGGUUGUAAGCAGCGAGGAGCAAUUGAUAUACGCGUGCCACCUAAUCGGCCCUACCCUGGCGAGAUUUAACGCGGAGCGGCCGCAUUGCGUGGUCGAGCUUGCAGUUUGCCUGUACGAGAUGCUGGAACGAGUUGACCACACUCAAACAACCUUGAGUUACAUGGAUCCAAUUUGCGACUUAUUAUAUCACAUCAAGUACAUGUUUGUUGGCGAUAUGACGAAGAACGAGGUGGAGUGUAUCAUACGAAGACUGAGGCCCGCGUUGCAGAUGAGGCUGCGUUUUAUCGCUCACAUAAACAUAGAUGAGAUCCAUACGUCCUAAGGCGUUCAUGUAUCGAUAGGACACGAUUGCUUCCGCCGACGUGACACGGGGACGACGUCUUGACCUACAAUUCAGUUUCUCGGAACAAACGAAUGCUGCCCUAGGCAUGGGAUUAAAAUUAUUUUAUUUAAAAUAUAUGUGAAUGUGAGAAAAAUGACGGCUUCCUGUUUGUUUUAACUCUACGAAAUGAUAUGUCUUGUACUUUGAUACUUUUUAGCGCGUAGUCGAGUGAGAAAAUAAAAUUUAAUGUUCGACAAU